AUGGCCAAAGCUUUAACAAAAGAACAGCUUGAAGUACUCAUUAAAAUUCAAUUACUCGAUGAAAAGAAUUACGAAAUAAGACCUAAGAUAGAUAUAGUAAAGGAAUUUCCAUUUAAAUUAACAAAAUCCGUUGGAAUUACUUUAGGAACAAGUACACUGUUAACAGCCGCUGCAUCAGGUUUUGCCAUGAGAAAUAUUAAAUCAGUUAAAGAAGAUCUUGGCCUUGCUAUCCCUGUUUUUGGCAUGUUUUCAGGAAUUGAUUUUGCAGUCAAUUAUACAUUAACAAAAUCAUUCGGAUAUAAGAAUCCAACACAACCUAUAUGCAUUGUAUCAGGCGCUACUGCAGGAGCUGCUUGCGGAUAUUAUUUUGGCAACAAAAAGCUAAAGCCAACAUUAUUUGGAGGAAUUGCAGGUGGUAUAUACGGUGCUAUUCGUAAUACACCUAUGAAUUUACUUGGUUUCGAACCAUUUUAA